GCUGCGCUCUCCUCCUCCUCCUCCUCCUCUUCCUCAGCACCGGACAGACACCGGGAGCGCACCGUGAACGCAUGAAGGAUGAAUGAACUUUAAAUCUGCCUCACAACUUUCGCUGCCUCUCCCUCCCUCUCCUCGUUUCUCCCUCUCUGUCUCUGUCAGCCCGUUUCUCUCGGCUCUCCCUCCUCCGCUGCUGCUCCACAAGCCAAACAUCACAAGAUCUUCGACAAUGGAUUUACUGCUAUCACGAUCCUAUUGUGACUGAUCAGAGCUUUUUUCCGUCUUCUUCUUCUUCUUUUUCUUUCUCCGCGGAUGCUCAUUAGUGCCGUUAGUCGAGAUGAUGGCAUCAAUAGGGGAUUUCGAUCCGCUCAACACCAGAGUCCCUGCAACUAAAAUAGAAGUUACCGUUUCGUGCAGGAGUCUGCUGGAUGUGGAUACAUUCUCCAAGUCAGAUCCUGUGGUCGUGUUGUAUUUGCAGGCCGUGGGAACCAAAGAAUGGAGAGAGUUUGGCAGGACAGAGGUAAUCGAUAACACUCGGAAUCCAGAUUUCGUCAGGAAGUUUGUCCUGGAUUUCUUCUUUGAAGAGAAACAAAAUCUAAGGUUUGAUGUGUACAAUGUGGACUCCAGAAGCUGUAACAUUUCCAAACAUAAGGACUUUCUGGGCCAGACCUUCUGUACCCUUGGAGAAAUUAUCGGCUCCACAGGAGGGAGGCUGGAGAGAGUCCUCUCUGGGAUUCCAGGGAAGAAGUGUGGAGUCAUUAUCUUUACUGCAGAGGAGCUCAGUAACUGCAGGGAUAUUGCUACCAUGCAGUUGUGUGCCAACAAGCUGGACAAAAAAGACUUCUUUGGCAAAUCCGACCCCUUCUUGGUUUUCUACAGGAGUAAUGAGGACGGAACGUUUACCAUCUGCCACAAGACAGAGGUGAUCAAGAACACACUGAACCCGGUGUGGCAGUCCUUCACCAUCCCUGUUAGAGCUCUCUGCAACGGUGACUACGACAGGACUGUGAAGGUAGAUGUCUAUGACUGGGACCGAGAUGGAAGCCAUGACUUCAUUGGUGAGUUCACCACCAGCUACAGAGAGCUGUCUCGGGGGCAGAACCAGUUCAAUGUCUAUGAGGUUUUAAAUCCCAAGAAGAAAGGCAAAAAGAAGAAAUACAUCAAUUCUGGAACUGUAACUCUGCUGUCCUUCAAAGUGGAGUCCGAGCAUACCUUUGUGGAUUUCAUCCGAGGAGGAACACAACUGAACUUCACAGUGGCAAUUGACUUCACAGCGUCCAAUGGUAACCCCUCCCAGCCCACUUCCCUCCACUAUAUGAGCCCCUACCAGAUGAAUGCAUAUGCCAUGGCCCUGAAAGCAGUGGGUGAGAUUAUCCAGGACUACGACAGUGACAAGCUCUUUCCUGCCUAUGGUUUCGGAGCUAAGCUGCCCCCUGAUGGCAAAAUCUCCCACGGCUUCCCGCUGAGUGGUGAUGCUGAGAAUCCAAACUGUGUUGGCAUAGAGGGGGUUCUGGAGGCCUAUUUUCAAAGCCUGAGGACAGUGCAGCUUUAUGGACCCACCAACUUUGCACCUGUUAUCAACAAAGUGGCAAACUGUGCAGCAGAGAUUACAGAUGGCUCUCAGUACUUUGUCCUACUGAUGAUCACAGAUGGAGUGAUAUCUGACAUGGUCCAGACCAAAGAGGCUGUGGUCAAUGCAGCAUCACUCCCCCUGUCCAUAAUCAUUGUAGGUGUUGGACCUGCUGAGUUUGAUGCUAUGGAGGAGCUGGAUGGAGAUGAGGUGAGAGUGUCCUCCAGAGGACGUCUUGCUGAGAGAGACAUUGUACAGUUUGUCCCAUUCAGAGACUACAUCGACAGAUCUGGAAACCAGGUUCUCAGCAUGGCCCGGCUGGCUAAAGAUGUCCUCGCUGAGAUCCCCGACCAGCUGCUGUCUUUUAUGAAGAGCCGAGGAAUUGAACCGCGACCGCCCCUCUCCUCCUCGCCGCUACCGGCGUUACACCGGCAUGUCUGACCCCGACACCGCCACGGCCCCUCGCAUCUGCCUUUCCAUCCUGACUCUCUCUCUAUCUCUCUCUUCCCCCCUCUGCUUAUCUACGCUCGCCUCCCGUACAGUCAUUUGUCACUUUAAAAGGAGAAGAAGGAUCAACCCGUGACUUGCCCUCUUCCUCUCUUAUCACCGGUGAAGCCAAACACGCACAUCAAGCCAACACAGCGGGCGCUCAUCCCCGACUGACCUGCUGCUGUUCUUCAUCUUUUCUUCUCUAACUCACCCUGUUAUAUAGAUUUUCUUUUCAUUGACUGUAUGAACGAGCAGUGAGACUGAGCCAUAGCUGUCCCUCUCCUCCCCACUGAGUACCAUCCACAGCUCAACUUUUUGAAUUUGUCUGCUAAUUCCCCUCACCAGACACAUUUUUGCACAAAAACUUUUUACUUUCGUCCUUGUGCUCAGCAAGUGUUGACACCAGUCACAUUUGGCAGCAGUCCCAGAAAGUGCAAGACACUCAAUUAAAUUGAAGCUAGUCCCCGAUGGAAGUAGAACUCUUGAUGAGCAAUAUACGCCAGCUUGUAUCAGGUGCUUUGGGGAUAUUUUUGGCCAAGCCUCCACUGUAAUCCAUUGGAGUAAUUGGUCACCAUGAAGACAGGUGUUUGUGAUUUAUCCUUUACCAUCGUCAUUAUCAUUAAGCUGUGACUAAUCUCUUUAAACUCAAAUAGAGGUUGCCCAACAAUUAGUUCAAUCCAGGGGUGUUCAAACUGUGAGAGGCACCUCCCCAGAGAGUGUGGGAGAGUUGAAAGGGGUGAGGACAUGGGGCAAAGAGACAGGUGCAAGACGGUGUUCUUAACGCAGUAAUUGUAGUUUUGCCCAUUGAUUUGUCUGCUUAUUAUCACGGUCAGCAGUUAGAGUUGCAACAGGGACUGUGAGCAUUCAGCUCAUGGAGGCAAUUACUCUUCUUUAAAGGUCCCAUUUUGUAAAAAAUCUGAUGCCCAUGUCUUUUUCAUUAUAAAGUAGGUAUAGGUGCUGUAUAAGUAUUGUGAAAGUGUCAAAAUGUUCAAUCCACAGAGAAAUGCACAGUCUGUAUUCUUAAAGUGUACCUUUAAAUGAGCUGGCAGGACGUGAAGUUGUGAUGUCACAACUAUAGUUUAUAGACCAUUUUAAACUUGACAACAUAAACAUUCUGAAUGGGUCCUUUUAUAUUUGCUGUUGGAAUGUUUGUUGCAGUAGCUGACAAGGAAACUGUAAAAGAAGGAAAAUCAAAUACAUACCUGCUGAUGUACGUGCGGCACAGUGACGAUCUGUGAUCUGUUUAAUUGAAGUCUGGUCAGUGAUAACAGGUCAGAAAUGCGUCAUUUGAUCUAGGGCUGUAGUCAACCAAAGAAAAUCUUGAUCUAAUCUCUAAUCUCUGACUAAAGUCGCACAUAAUCUUCAACUAAUCGAUUAGUCGCGGGGAAAAAAAAUCUGCACGUUAUUUUUACGUCUGUCUACGUGUGUCUGUCACUCUGUAGUUACACCUCCAAAACACUAGUUGGCGGUGGAGGACUGUGUUAAGUGCUGUAAAGUUUAGUUCAAAUCAAACUUUAUUUAUACAGUUGAUUCAAAACACACAUUAAACCUGGCUUAAUAGAGACAAUUUCAAACACAAGUACGUAAAUUGGCUUCACUAUAAAUCGCAGAACUGACAGACAAACACUUGUCUUUAUCUGGACACAUUUCCCCCACCAAUACAACAUGCUAACGUUAUUAGCACAAGUCUAUGGCAUUUUACAUUGUAUAAAUUAGCCUAGCGUCUCACAAUCUUUUCCUCUUCUCAUACGAAACCAGGGACAACAGCAACAUUAAUCAAAGGUAAUGGCACAUAAUUUGGCUCCAUUACAACUCACAGCAUUCACCGACAAAACAACUGUCUUAUACGAAACACGUUUUCCAAGUAAAUACAACAUGCUAAUGUUAUUAGCGCCAGCCUAUAGCAUUUUACAUGAUAUACAUUAGCCUAGCAAUGAGCGGAGAUUUCCGCUGCUCAUAUGAAGCCAGGAUAAAUCCCGAAGUAUAAAUCCCUGAAGGAUAAAUCACACACACAACUUAAAAUACUAUUUUAGUGGAGACUUUACUGUCUUCACAAUUUAUUGCUUCUUAUCUGUGAAAUACAAGUCAAUACAAGCUUUGUUUCAACUGAGGGAAAAGGUGAGGGUGGGCGAGUCCAACUUUCUGUCAACAAUGUAACUUAGCCUGUCCCCCCACCGCAAGAAAUAAUGGAGUAAUCCUGGAAAGCUGCUGAUGUAGCACUUUUCUCCUUAUGAAAGUAACACAGCGAUUAUUCGACUAUUGAGAAUGUGGUCGGAUGAGAGCAUCGCGACCAAAUAAACGACUAGUCGACCAGGAGACUACAGCCCUAGUUUGAUUUAUCAUCAUGUACUGGACCAAACAGGCUUGGGUGAGCUAACUUUAUAUGCAGCUGACAGAGAGAGCCAUGAUCUGUUUGGAGACCAGUAACCAGGAAAAUAAACGCCUUAGAUACAAGACGUCAGUCGACAUCACAUAAUGUGUGUUUUUUUUAUUUUGAAAGAGCAUUUUGCAGUCAAAGGUGAAUAGUGGGACUUUACAUGCCUGCCCCAUUAACUUCAGGACAAGUCUGGCACCCUUCCUUCUUUUAUAGGUUCCUUGGUAGCUGACAGGAGGUAAACAGGGACCAAAGCUGUUACUGUGGCAACAGAAAAGCAAUGAAACGUUCUACAAAGGCAGAAAGUGCAGCCACCAUGGCGUCACAGUCACCAAGAACGCAGAUGUAGAAGACCCUGAAAUGCUGACCGAGACUUUUUCUGGCGGGGAAAAAAAAUGGAGUGUUUCGGACAGAGGGUGAUACAGGUACAGAGUAUGGGACCUUUAAACACUUGAUUGCGUCAACCAUCAUACUGCUUCUCUGAGUCAUUCAAAUCUAAACACACAGACAUGAUACACAUAUAUUUAGAUGCAGUGUGACCUGCACUUUGUGUGGAUAUUAUUAUCGUCAUGUCCAUCACAAGAAAAUAAAUAGAUAAACAAAUCUGCUUAGUAAUCAUAGAAAAACUUGCCCCUGCAAAACUUGCCUGAGAAUCAUCACAUUUUGAAGUUUUCUUCAAUAACAGAGUACUCCAGUGAUAGCUGUCUGUGCAUCCAUGGGUAUAUUGCAAAUAGAAACUGCUAAUAGCUGAUUCUGCGUACUUUUAAUAGGGUGACUUUGUCAAAAUGUGAACAAAUAUAACCGAAAAAUGUGGCUUAAAUUGUAGCCAACAGCGGACUGACAACAUUAUACUUCUGGGACCUCAUUACAGAAAAAUACCUUAACUGCUUGUCCUAUCUUUACUUGAGUUUCAAAGAUAGCUUUAGAAAUCCAAACUAUAACUUUAAAUUUGAUUCUUCAUACGGCACUCGUCCUGUCAUGUAUACAAUGUACACAAGACUGUAUCUUUUAUUAGAAUGUACCGGUAGGCAACUCGAGAUGGAUAACCGGCUCUCUCUUGUCACCUCUGCCAGAGCUCUAUGCCUCCUUUUCGGCGUUCAAAUUCAAAAUGAAUCGUCCUGGCAGCUGAUAUAUGUCAUCACACAGUUUGAGUAGCUUUUCAAUAAUUAUAUUUCUGUGUUGAUGUUGCUCCCCAUCUUCAUUGUCAUUGCCAUAGAGACUUAACAACAGUGCUGCUGUUAUUCUGAAUGUAGGACAGGGCCCAUGCUUUCCUUAUUUGAGAUUCCUAACUUGAGAAAUCUCUACACUGAGACAGUUCUGUAAUAGCUGAAGUCCUGUUCUAAGAUAAGAUAGGAUUUCUUUGUUGAUGCUGUCAGGAAACAUGUUUCUGUAAUACCAAAACUCCUAAAUGUCAUCCUAAACUGAGAUAAGAUACUCAAGACGUUUCUGUAAUGAGGCCCCUGGUUUACAACCACCAAAUUAUAGGAACUGUAGUUCUAAAAAUUAGGGCCUGAUUAUCCCCUAAAUGAAAGUAAGACACAGAGACUAUUUUAAAAUGUAGGCAAGGCUGGUAGGGUGCAGUCGUCUUAAUUCUGUUUAAGGGCCCACAGUGGAAACUCCUGGUUUAAUCCAACCAGAUGAAUUAGUCCAGGAGGAGCAUUCAAAGAGACUCUUUGAGUCUCUGAUGUGGACGUCAUACAGAGGGUAGCAGACAACUGGGGUUCCGGUCACAUGUUCAUUAUUACCAGUAACAGACCUUCACUCAGACACAUAGGUACAGAGACAAACACACACACACACACACACACACACACACACACACACCUCUGUCUGCCACACCACACCCACCCUCUCCUUGCUCAGCGUGUGCUGAGGCUGGGUGCAGAUUCCUCUCCUGCUGUUAGAGAAAUGCCAGUCUCUCCGGCUGCCCUGCAGAGAGGAGGAGGAGGAGGAGGAGGAGGAGGAAGGAAGGAAGGAAGGAAAGAAAGAAGAAAGACAGAGAGAGGAGGUGGGAGUAAAGUGUAAAGAGAUCCUAAAGAAAAUGUAGGAUGGUGAGGAAGAAAUGGAAAGAAAAAUAAAUGAAAGACUAGGCCAUAAGAGUAAGGAGGAACAAUCCAGAGAUUAGUAUGUUUGAUGUCAACAGGGAAAGAAAAAUGGGAGAAAGCAGAUGGUGGCAGAUGAGAAGCUGAAUGGGAGAUAGUAACAAGAGGAAGACUAUGGCUCAGUCUUUACUUUGAGUUUUUCACUGUCUGAUAAGUCUUUGUGUGCACUUUUUUUUUUUUUUUUGGAGAAAGAAAUCUCAAUCAAUUACAAAUGCACAUUCUCCGAAAAGCAAUAUACCUGAGUCCCAGUGAAAUGUUUUCCUUAUGCAUGUCCCUCCCUCUCCCCUGCCAUGACUUGACAUUUUAUUCUGAGGCAGACUGGAGUUGUGUACAAAGUGGGCAAAGUCUGCCACCUAGUGUUCAUCAUUUGUAUAGCAGGGUAUCUUUAUUAUGCAUGACUACUGUACAUUCCUAUACUCGCACAGUGCAGACGCAUGCCCUGAUGCAGCUGUCCUUACAAACAUAAGUGACUGUAAGCGCAGUGAAUUCAGGCAUCAUUAAGAACUACACACUCCAACACACGUAUGUUCUCACAUGAAAUGUGACGGUCACUUUUUGAAGAUUUGUUAAUGUCAGUGUGAUGAUGGUGGCUUAGAGGGGUGUUUACGCUGUUCUAUGUGUCGUGUAAGUAUAUUGAUUUUCAUAAUCUUGUACAAUAAUUACUUCAAUCGUCAGGUUUUUGCAUGUUGAGGAAUAAAUGCCUUCCAGUGUUCAAGUGGUCCUUGUCAUUGCAACUGAUUGUCAAAAAAAAAAAGAGAGAAGUAUAUCUCGGAAUAAUAUGCAUUUUUCUCGUGUCACUGUAUAUUUUCAUUAGUAGAUUUCAGAACUGACUUGCUUUGUGCAGUGUCUUGCAGAAACCUGGUGUAUUCAGUAAGUGAAACUUGUGAAUUUCCCCAUUGAGAGACAUGUAUUUUUGAUAUUUUGCAAUGAUAUGGAAUGCUCGCAGGGUCAUACAAAAUAGACACGUUAGGUUUCUGCACGACACCAGUGGGAUCAAAAACUAUUCUGAUGGCACUCAAAGCCUGUAGUGUGAUUUUUGUACAACAAGAGCAUUUUUGUCCGUCUCUUAACUUUGUCUUAUGGCUGUAUGACUAUGUGUUUAUUCAGUGCACUGAUCAUAGUGUUUACGAAAUGAUCAUUUUCAUUGUAUAUACAGUAUGACGAAAUAUGUUCCCCACUUGUUUGCUGACGGUAGAGCUACAAAAGCCUUUUACAUUUGUGUCUCCAAUAAUAAAUCUAUAUUGUACGUUGACGUUUUUAUGAAUGUCCAAUAAGAAGAAUGUAGAAGUUUGAGCUAGAAACCCCUUAACUGUUUUGACACAAUAUUGUUUUGAUGAGGUUUGACUCCAUUUGUGUUUACUCAUAUCUUUUGAGGAUGAUGAACUGCAUCACAGUAAUACCAAACAUAAAGCGACACAAUCUGAACAUUGUAUGUUGUUGUUUGUCCGCAGGAAGAUGAUUUAAGGUGGUAAGUUGAUUCUAAUCCUGGUUGUGAUUCAUUCUGUAACACUACACAGAGUGCUGAGCCUCCUCCCAUGAAAAUGAGCUCUGCCUUUAAAUGGUUGAUUCAGUAAACAGAUUAAAGUACUUGAAUACACAGAACUAUACAAAAUGUUUGCCUCAUACCUGAUUUACAGCACUCGUGGGUUCGUCACUAUCCCCUGUAUCUGUUUCAUCUUGUGUUGAAAAUAAAUACA